GGAAGGUCGAUGGCGAUGAACAACGGAUUAAGAUCGUGCGCCUCCAAGCUCCUUGCGUCCGCCGAUUCAUUGGCCCUCAAGACUGUGAACAGAGGACUUCACUCAACAGGCAUGAAGAAAAUGGGUGGACAUGCACAUGGCCAUGACGAGCCAUUCUACCUUCAUGCAAAACACAUGUACAACUUGGAUAGGAUGAAACAUCAAAAGCUGAAGAUGAGUCUCAGUGUGCUUGCUGCAUUCAGCAUUGGUGUUGGUGUUCCCGUUUGGGCCGUCAUUUUCCAGCAAAGGAAGACGGCUUCAGCAUAGAGGGGACCUGAUCAUCUCCUAUCUUUAAAAUAACAAAGUUCCUUUAGGCUUGCCUUGGCUCAUGUAGACCAUGGUGCUCAUAAACCUAUUACAUUUUGGCAUCUGUAUGGUACUUGUUUUAGCUUUUGCUCUUCUUUUUUAAAUUCAUAAUUAGGAUUAUAAUUAUGAAAAGUUAUUGUAAUCCUAAUUGGAUUAUUGGGUACAUGAGUACAUCUUUGUUUUACAUUUGCUCAAUCAUAAGACCUGUCUAUACAUAUAAAUAAAUACAUAAUGGUGUCAUAUAUAAACACUAAAACACCAGGCGGAUUGGGGUGUGGUAUAUCAAAUCGCUGUGGAUGAGGAUCCAAUUUUAAAAGGAUUUUCUAUAUGAGUUGAUUGGUUUAUGCAAAUUCGGCUGAACUGCUGAAGUGAUUGAACUGAG